UCGCCACGUUAAGCAGUCCCACUUUUCCACAAAUACAAGCAAAUAAUACACGUCAACCACUGCCGCCGGUCAACGUUUCACUGCUAGUAGCAGUGGCUUGAAGCUGUUACUGACCAUCCAAGUUUACUACUCUGUCUGUGAAGUCAGGCUCUCUCACUUUGCAUUUCGUUGCAGUCCCUUCUUUUCUGGCAAACUACAUCCUAAGGCAAACGAUGCAUACUAUCUACUCCAGGAUUAACAACACCUCCGCUUUGCUGUCGACAUGCCUUAUGUGUUUGGUUGGUGCCAUCGCUGUGUCGUCAUAUUUUAUGACCACAGACCCAAGAGGAACGAUUGGUGUUGCAUCCAUACAGGUUUUUCCUGGUAAUGCUCGACGAUAUGUGAAUAAGCAGCAAGACUUCGCCUUCUUGCACUUCAAUGUGUCUGCAGACCUAACGCCGCUCUUCAAUUGGAAUACGAAGCAACUCUUUCUAUAUGUCAGUGCGGAAUACACCAACCCGCAAGGCAUUCGCAACGACGUUGUUAUAUGGGAUAAGAUCGUCCGCCGUAAAGAAGACGCCAAUAUUACUAUUACCAGCCGGAACAAAUAUACUUUCAGAGAGCUGAGCUCGACAUUCAGGUGAGUGUAUAUGACCUUUCAUUUUCUCCCAUCUUGUACUUUCUUGUUCUGCUUUUACCCUUGAGAAACUGUUUCUUCUUGGAUUUCUUCGUUCUUUUGUAUUUGGAUGCCGUGCGCCACAUGCUUCGCACCGUUGGACUAAGGCACAGAUCCAACGUGCUUCGUCCAGGCUCUGCCUUGUGGAUACAUCCAUGUGUACCUGACUUUUCUCUUCGGGUCCUUCAUUCUCCACGUACAACGUUGCCCACUUCCGAGCAUCGCAUUCACCGCGCUUCCUGGUACCCAUGAUGAUGGCUGCGACAAGGUGGACACCACGUGUCUGCCGUCCUAAACCCACUGCUUGAAGGCCUUUUAAGAACAUUCCUCCAGCACACUACUCACUCAAGUACAACGUCAUGCCCUACGUAGGCAUUCUCACGUAUGGUGAAGCUGCUCGCACGAAAGAACCUGUGUCAUUCCCAGAGUCUCGCGACCUUUCAUAGUAACAUGAAGGGUGGGGUACUUGGCUCUCCCUCGUCUGGACGCAUGACGUACAGGAUGUCUUAUAAGGUUGUGAUUGGGUUUCUUGGAGGUUUACUCUUUGCUGGACUGUGAAAGGUGAAGGGGUUGGGAGUAGACGAUCGAUGAUGUAUAUUGGCACUUCUGUGAUGGCUCGAAUGUCAUUCUUUCCGGAGUAUGUGACACGUGUUCGGUCAUGCGGAACGAUUUAAUUUUUGAGUAGUUGUCUAAACCAGUGCACAACUUUGCAGGUGGUAACAUGAGGAAGACGUGUUAUGAAUGGCACAACUGCCGGUCAUGAAGAAAUUAUAUUCGCAAUGGGGACAAACCGAAUGCCAAAAGAGACCCGCGUAUCCAUGAUCGCUGCGCAUAUUUACGGACACAAGCCCCGGCGAUAAACAAGUGCCAAAGUUAGUGAAGACGCGUUGAUCGACAGAGUUCGUAGAUUAGACUCAAUUGCACAGGCGCGAAGAUAUGAACCUAUUUACUAAAGC